AGAGCGGCGCUGGCGCAAGCACGGAGAGAAAGUCCGCGCUGCGCUGGCUGGCCAUCGUUCGAGUGGGGGACGCUGCGCUAUCUAUUGUUGUCAUGGAUACUGUUGCGCGACCGUUGUACGUUUAGUGGCGCACGGCCGUGGAAUCGCGACCGUCGAGACCUGUGUGCGGAACUGUUGAUGCCCGAUUCGGUGCGCGUGCUGCGUACACGGCGUUGGUCGCCAUGAACUUCUUCGACGUCCGGAAAUGGUACAGUUUCGUGACCCUGCAGCCGCCGCCGCCCGAUGGACGGCGACAACCUCGCAUCGGCGUUGGCGGUGGUGCACACGACAGCUUCCGAGCGCCGCGAGGAUACGUGGACAUCGCGCCGACCUGUGACUCACGCUGGGAAUGGGACAGAAACCUGCGCGAGAGACCCAGGAGGUCGUCGCGGCAGCUUCUCCGAGGUGCCCUCUCCGAGGACGCCUUGGCCGACGACGCUUCGUCGCAACCGGCCACGCCCAGAAACUACCUGAGAAAAGCGAGCGGCGGCCAGCGCGCUGCGCCUGCCAGCGCGACGGAGGAGAGCCCUGCCGGCACGGAUGUGCUCUCGUCUAGCUGGGAAGCCGGCACGCCCGGGUCGGAGAGAAGCCGGAAAGACUACACCGCGCCCCGCGUGUCCGUGGACGACAGUGUACUAUACGAGCGCAUAUCAAGAGUCAUCUGUGCUGAAGACAUAGAAAUUGCUUCCGAUCAAAAGAAUUCGGAAGCAGACCCUCCUCUUCAACAAAAUACCGCCAGACAAACAACAACCCGGUGCCAAGAAACAUUGGAACAGUGUGCUGCAGAUAAAAGUGGCGAGGAGGCAGAUGUUGUUCAGGAGGCAUUGCCUGAUCGCAAAAGUAAGGCACGGAAUUCUGGGAAGUGGAGCACAAGACUAUUCCGGCACUCGGCAAGCAAAGCUGCAGUCUACCAAACAGUACAGAAGGAAAAAAAGGGAGCAUUUGUGAGCUUAAGCUCGGAAGAGUUGCCAGUCAUACCAUCAGAACUUGAGCAGUGUAACGAUAGGGCACUUUCUGGGGAAUUUGGACCUCCAGUGCCUGCUAAAAGUUGGGAGGUAAAGAAUGCUUCAAGAACUGAUGAGCAGGAGAGCUCUACAAAGGUUCAAGAUGCGCUUGGCAUAGUGUGUCAACAGGAGCCACCCACAUUGCAGGGUGAUGAUCAGUCGAAGCAAUCCACAUUGACUCACGUCUCUUCACUGUCAACAGAGCAAAGUUCUGCAAAGCAACAACUGCCAUCUCAGUUUGAAGAAGCUCCACAAUCAUCAGGAAAAUGGGGUCGCAAACUCUUUGGCCGACCUAAAACCAAGGUACGGAAUGAAGGUCACAAAGAAGAAAAGGAAAAGCAUUAUCCUGGUGACAACGAAACUUAUAAUGCUGAUGUUUCUCUGAACAGCCAGCAUUCUGACAAGGAGGUUUCCAGGGACACAGGAAUGUUUGACAGUGGGGCUGCAGCAGGUAGUGAUGUGACCCUGAAGAACAACACAGGUUUAGACACAGGCUAUCAGACACAACAAGAUGAAAACUUGCUUGCCUUGCACAAUUCCUCACAUUCAGUUCCAGCUCCACCUGUCAGAAAUCAGUCACUAGAAGAAAGGAACUUGUCAUCCACUUGGCAGUAUACUUUCGACAGCCCUGAAAGCAUUCAUAGUGUUGGCCACGUAGAUGCUAAUGAGGCAAAUGAAGUUCCCUUGUUCACACAAGAACAUAGUAGAGAGCCUGUAGGCCAUGAAGCAGUACCGCUUCGUCCAGAGGCGCAUGCUGAAAUUAUUGACAGUCCUACAUCACCUGGCAAGAGUCCAGGAAGAAAGAAAGGAUUUUUAAAGUUCCCUUCUUUCAAAAAGAAGAAAAAGCUUUCAGCUUCGAGUAUUGAAGAAGUUGUUCCACCUACUAGCGCGGAACCUGUGGCAGCAGAGCCUGAAAAAUCACUGUCAUUUGAUGAAAUACUAGCAGAGCUUAGGAAACAACAAACAAUGCACCAAACUCCCAUCUCCACAGAGUCUAAGUCUCCACUGCAUGGCCAGCUUAAGAAAGUUGCACCCCCUGUUCCUCCCAAAUCAUGGAAAACAACCGCAAACCUCAACCUCUCAGCAGAGUAUCAAGAAAGCAGUGUAUCAGUUGAUAAGGAAGAAUUUGUAGACUACGUUCAACCAUUGCCUUUGGCUUCUGGGGAAAAUGACCUUCAGGCAAGUGCUACUCUUCCUAAUGAAGGCAGUACUCCUGAGAACACUUUGGUUGCCAAGGAAAACACUGGCGAUGGAAGCAUGAGCGAGAACCUGCAGCUGCCUGUGAAGUCAUUUUUUGACCAAGAACAUGAAGUCACAGUGUUGCAAUCAGAAAGCAAUGACGCACUUUCUUCAUCACCUACAGAGUGGAGUUACUCAACCUUUCUUCGUGGCUACAGUGAGGACUUCGUGGACAGUUCUCCUAGACGGCGCCACAACCUCCGUCUCUUAGCUGAUGUGUCUGUCAGCAGUGAUGCGUUGCCAGCAGUAACAGAGGCCAGAAAUCUUCAUGUGUCAAAGAACAUUAAAUCAGAACGGAAUGCAGGUCCCAUAGGUAACUCAUCUGCUCUCAAGCCUGUCGACAGGCCACUGCCAGUUGAGCAUGUCCCAGCCCCUGAUCAGCAAGAAUAUUUUCUUUACAAACCCAGCAUUGAGUCCAAGAGCAUGCCGCGAACAAAGCUAUUCAACUUGAAGGCAAAAAAGAAAGUGGAGGUUGAAGAUUCAUGCAGAGAGAUUGUUGCUGCAGCCUGUGAGCUGUACGAACCAGUUGCAGAUGUGGAGCAAAAUAAUGAAGACUUAAGCAUUUCACAACUGUCGGCUGAACCUAGCCAAGAGGCACAGGCUGAUGACAAUCCAGCUUCUACUGCCAAUGAAGUUUUGGUAGAGUUUGAAGAACCCCAUAGAAACAAAGAACGGCGCUUCAGUCUCAAGCUGAGUUCACUGAGGAAAAAGAAAGUUGACAAGCCUACAAAAAAGCCCGAUUCUUAUGAGCAGCCAAGAAUACUGGCAGCGCUACGACAAGAGAACAAGCCAAGGCUUCCAGUUGACAAGGGCAGUAUGAUGGAUGCCUACCUUCGCUCAUUGGAGAUGCAGCCAAAGUCACAGCUACAUAAUCAAAGUGAUGAUAGCCUGGACUUGUCAUUUCAAACAAAUGGGGAGGAUGGUUGGGAGUUUGAAGAAAUCACGCUGGAAAGGGUGAGGGGUGGAGCUGGCCUGGGUUUCAGCAUUGCUGGAGGCACAGACAACCCUCACAUAGGCGAAGACCCCAGCAUCUACAUAACAAAGCUAAUCUCUGGUGGUGCUGCUGCAGCUGACGGAAGGCUACAAGUCAACGAUAUCAUCCUUAGAGUCAAUGAUGUUGACCUCAUAGACGUCCCACAUUCCAUAGCAGUUGAAGCUCUCAAACGAGCAGGGAACUCCGUUCAUUUGCUGGUGAAGCGCCAGCGGUAUCCGGGACCCCAGGGGGCCAGCCAGCAGCAGCACACACCACCGCAGGUGGUCGAGAUCGAACUGAUCAAGGGCAACAAGGGCCUGGGCUUCAGCAUUGCCGGUGGCAUCGGCAACCAGCAUGUGCCGGGUGACAAUGGCAUAUACGUCACCAAGGUCAUGGAGGGUGGUGCCGCACACCUCGAUCGGCGGCUUGAAGUUGGCGACAAACUGGUUGCUGUGGGUGACGUCAACCUGGAAAACGUCACCCACGAGGAAGCAGUGGCGACGCUGAAGAACACAGGCGACCACGUCAUCCUGACUGUGGUCAAGAGCCAGCCCUUCUCGUUCAUCAACCACUCCCUGCCCCCUCCUCCCCCACCUCCAGUGCAAGAGACGCGCCUUGGAACACCCCCCCUGAACCUGUCCCUAGGGGAAUACCAUAGUGAUACGAACUUGAGCACCUCCAAAGCACCCAGUGAUGAAGACAUCCCAAGGGAACCCCGCAAGGUAGUUCUGGCCAAGGGCCCCACGGGGUUGGGCUUCAACAUCGUCGGCGGCGAGGAUGGCGAGGGCAUCUUCAUCUCCUUCAUACUGGCUGGAGCACCCGCCGACGCCAGCGGGGAGCUGCGGCGCGGAGACCAGAUACUCUCCGUGAACGGCGUAGACCUACGGCACGCGACGCACGAGCAGGCGGCGGCUGCCCUCAAGGGGGCCGGUCACACGGUCACCAUGGUGGUUCAGUACAGGCCCGAUGAGUACAACAGAUUUGAAGCCAAAAUCCACGACUUGAGGGAGCAGAUGCUGAACACAACGGGCAGCCUAAGGACUUCUCAGAAGCGGUCGCUUUACGUCAGAGCCCUAUUCGACUACGAGCCAUCUCGCGACAGUGGGCUCCCCAGCCGAGGUCUGCCGUUCCGUUUCGGUGACAUCUUGCACGUCAUCAACGCAAGCGACGACGAGUGGUGGCAAGCGCGCAAGAUUCUCCCAGAUGGCCAUGAAGACUUCAUCGGCAUCAUUCCUAGCAAACGCAGAGUGGAGAGGAGAGAACGUGCAAGGCUUAAGUCGGUCAAGUUUCAAGGAAAGAGCAGCUAUAGCGAUGGCAAGGGCACGCUAGAAAGGAAAAAGAAGAAUUUCUCAUUUUCAAGGAAGUUCCCCUUUAUGAAAAGCAAAGACAACAGCACAGAAGAUGGAAGUGAUGUUGAAAGGGAGGGGUCUCCAACCAAAGACACAGCAAACACAUCCUACGCAAGUGAUAGCGAGGCGAGCAGCACAAGAGGAAUCGAUGAGCCUGUUCUUUCUUACGAGGCAGUGGUACAGCAAGAAAUUUCCUACACACGGCCCAUAAUAAUCCUGGGACCCUUAAAGGACAGAAUCAAUGAUGACUUGAUAUCGGAGUACCCGGAAAAAUUUGGCUCCUGUGUUCCACACACAACCCGACCAAAGCGUGACUACGAGGUGGACGGACGUGACUACCACUUUGUGGCUUCAAGGGAACAGAUGGAACGAGACAUCCAGAACCACCUCUUCAUCGAGGCUGGCCAGUACAAUGACAACCUCUACGGCACCAGCGUUGCCUCUGUUCGGGAAGUGGCUGAGAAGGGAAAGCAUUGCAUUCUGGAUGUAAGUGGUAAUGCAAUCAAAAGGCUUCAAGUGGCUGGCCUCGAACCCAUCGCCAUCUUCAUCAAGCCAAAGUCAGUCGAGUCAAUAAUGGAAAUGAACAAAAGGAUAACAGAGGAACAGGCACGAAAAACUUUUGAGCGAGCAGCAAAGCUUGAGCAGGAGUUUGCUGAAUAUUUCACUGCGAUAAUUCAAGGGGACACGCCCGAGGAGAUCUACAAAAAGGUCAAGCACGUAAUCGACAUUAAUGGAGGAUCGUCAGCCUGGGUAGCAGCAAAAGAGAAGCUGUGAGAGAAUGGCAGCCAUCGGACGAUGCCCCUAGACACGGGUGAAGGGGAACAUAUUCCUUUUCCAGAUAAUUUGUCUUGUUCAUGAAAAAAGUGGCUUUCAUGAAGGAAAUAAGUUCAACCCGUGGAUCCUUCAUCACAGAAUGAGAGAGAAGAGGUUAUAUGCGUGUGAGCCAUAAUGCAGGAGGCAUUUUUCUUUUUCCAAUCGACCGAGGGCGUUCACCGUGAAUGACAGUGGUGUGUGAAUGUGCGCGUGUGCAGCAAGAACACUGACGCUGGGUGGGGUGGUGUUGCGUGAUACACCAAGUGAGCCGUCACCCGCCGCAAAGUCACCAUGGCACAGAGAGAAGAGCAGUGGCCGCAGCUCUGAGUCUCUUUCUGUUUCUUUGUGCAUCCUUUUGUAUCAUAUUAUCACUCUCUUGUCUACCAGCCACUCUCUCCCCUUUCAUCCACUUUAAUCUGCAAUGUGUCAUCCUUUGCCUGCCUUCUUUUUUCCAUGCCCACUUCUCUUGUGACGAUGACAGGACCGAAACAGUUGUGGACGGGCUGGUCUGUAAAAUUGCUAGCUUCCCUGCAUAGCCUCCAGUGCAAAAAGGCAAUGCAACACAGCACCACUGUUAUGUUUCAGAAUAGAAGUCAGACGCAUAUUUUCACCACUUCAUUUGCAAUGCGUUAAGUGCAUGGAUGCUGUCUGCACCUUUACAAACCAUGAUCUGCGUGGCUGCUUGUGACAGGCAUACUGUGGAAGGAAACUAGACUAUAAAUUACGGAAAGCACUAAGAAACCUAAACUGUGCAGUUUUUGUAAUCAUUCAAGCGAAACUUGGGAAGCUAAGAUAGAAGCUGCUUAUAUGACCCGAGCUUACAGAACACAAGGUCCUCUCUGCACUUAAGAGGUACUGUCAUGCCCUUUCUUAUGGCUGAUAACAUUCUGGAAUGUGUGAAUUAUCUUUGUUAUUGUUUUUCAUAAAGUUGUUUUGGCAGCUGGCAAGCCGGGCACUCACGUUUUACCCCUUAAGGAAGCCAUGACAGAGGUGUAGUGUUGCUGAAACUUCACUUUUGCAUAUCUGGCAUAUAGCUUUAAAUGAAUGAAUUUGGUGAAUGAUGCCUGUAGAUCUAGUAGAAGAGGGCAGGCAGCACCCUUCAUGAAUAUCCUCUUCUUUUUUUUUUUUUCGUUGCUAUACAUUGAUUUUACAGAAUUCAUUCUUUCUAUUGCUGCUAUGAAAAACAAGCAUGCUUUGCACAGUUGUUGCACUUUCGUGUUUUACAUUGUCCAACUUACUGUUACUCUCCUACCACAUUUUAGGUUUGUUGUGGGUGGUUUCGUAGGGGUCUGGAAGAUGUGCCGUAUUGACGGUGCAGAGAUGUCAUGCAAGGCAUUGCUUUAAGCACUGCACGGGUUGCAACACAGUGUACAUAAGAUAUACGAAUGCAACACAAAUGGGUGCGUGAAGUAUACAAGCACGUGCCCCACACCCUUGAACGCGAGUAGAAGAUGCUUGCAAACAUGACUCACCAAGGUGGUUGGUGCAUCUUUGUGCCAUUAAAUUGCUGCAUUCGUUUCCUUUUAGCUCUCCAAAUUGUGGCUUUCUUGUAUGCCUCUUAUACAGCGCUUUGCUUUCGAAGGGACCAUUCAAAGAGUAUGGUAGUAGACCUCUGUACAUUUCAGCAAGCACAGAAGAUAAAGUGUUCACGAUUCUCUCUUUUAGGAAAGACCUUAAUGCUCAGGCUGUCCAAUCAGGGGCUCAUUACCAACCACCCUCUGCGUCUCAAGUUUGGAGAACUACUUUGUAUAGAAAGUACAAAUGUUGCAUAUCAGAGGUUGUCGGGCAAACACAGGUUGAAUAUUUGAGGUCGCUGCAGGUCGGGCCUGUCGUGGUGAAAGGUUGACGGAAAUUUGGUGACACUGGUUGCUUGUUGAGGACAGGCCUAAGUGUGGAAGCUUCAUGGAUGCCACAUGUUGUACAUGGCAUACUUUUGUUAGACCAGAAUAAUGUUGACCACUUAACAAGUAACCUCUCUGUUGUGAAGUCACUUUGAGCUCACCAUUUCAGCAGUGAUAUUGUACUGUCAAGCUCAUUGUUAUCUUUUUUGAGUUGAUCUCCCUAGAUUUCUCACUUCUCAGAAUGCACAUUUAACUCUUUAUUUUUGUUUAUCGUAUGCCCGGGCCACAUUUGGCUUGCCUACUUUUUGAAUGGUCCUUGAAGAAAUGUAAGUGCAAGAAAGGCUACCAGAACACAUUAGGCACUUCAAUGCGUUUCGUUUGACAGUGCAUUUCACAGCACCUUAGGCCACAGCAGUCAAAGGUUAUCCAUGUAAACUUACGUGGCAGCAACCAUAACCGAAGCUUGCAAACUGCAGUUUAGUUUGCAUGGCUUCUAGGAAAAGUGUAAAUUGUGUGUCAUAAGAUGAUUCUUUGCUGUUGCUGUUAUCACCCUUGUCUGCCUUGAACGUCUGAAGUAGAAGAAGCAUGUUUGUUUCAUUGAGCUGCUUGCUGUGACUUGUUCAGUUUAGAGCUGUGAAUGCACAAAAUAAAGCGGUAACUGUGCGCUUAGCUCAAGCUGUGGCACAAGAGCCACAGAAGUCGCUGCUCCUCGCAAACUGGAGGUCAACUGUUUCACCGUCUGAUGCAGAACCCAUGUACAGAGAGAGGCCAGAAGUAUUUUAACCCCACAGUAGCAGAAAUCUCGCCCCUUCCCUGUUAUUCACUUUAGUAAAUUAUUUGCAUAGCUCACGUUCUGUUGCACAAGUUCGUACAUAUAUGAUGUCUAGACUGUGAAUUCCUUGUUUUGAUUCUUAAUAUUAAGCAAUUUCUAGCAAGCACGCUGAUGCUUGACGUGCCUACACCACUUAAUUACAUGGCUGAUGGAAGAAAAAAAGAACUCCCAAUGUCUGCAGCAUAUUUGCUUCUGCGAUUGUUAUUUCAAUGCUUGCGUUGUUUCUUGUGGGGCAAGCACGCUAACAUCCUGCGCGCAGUUGAUCAUGGUAAGAAUGCAUAGUCUGGAAGCUGUAAUAUACAGUACAAGGAGUAUCACACACUUGCGGAUAGACGCACCUUCAAUUCCCUCUUUUUCUUUUCUCUCUUUUUUUUAUUAUAAGCACAUGGCAAUGCAAAUUGAAACUUGUAAUAACAUACACACACACACAUCUGCGCAUGCUUCAUGUGCGAUAAGAAAAGUACUAAUGUCUUGGCUUGUGUUCUUAAGGUGCUAGUUUGUUUUGUGCUAUACUACAUGGCAUCGUCGCUGAAAUGUUUCUCAUUGUUGCCCCCCAUGUUCUCUCUCACUCCUCAGCUGGUGAGGUGUUGACAAGUUCCCAGCUGUAGACUAAAUUCCCAGCGAGGACUUUGUGAUAUAUAUAGCGCUUUGUGUUUAUUCAUUCACUGGCUCCCCCAUUCACAUUCAUGUAUUACUAACAAGCGCAUUCACUUUGCUGCUAGACAAGGUUGUUUUUAUCAUCGAUGCACUGUGAAUUGUGAUUGUGUGUUAAUUAUGCAGACAUCUUUUUAAGUUUUAUUGAGGAGGGCUACACCUGCAGUAUUACAUCAUUGCUCUUUUUUUUUUUUUACUUUUGGCAAUAUGUUGAAGUGUUGCAGAACCCCCAAAAACGAAAAAAAGAAUGAUACUGAGAUCUGACUGAGGAUUAUACAGACAGAUAUAUAUAUUGUAUGUACAUGUAUACAGGUAUACAUACAAAUAAAUUUAUGAGGAAAAUGCUUGGAGUGCUCAUGCUUGUUGCAGGCAUGACUUGGAAAAUACAGAUAUAUAUAGUAGUAGACGAGAAUUCUUUUGAGUGCAUUUAGUUUUUUCAUCUUCAAAAUUCCUAAUAUGUGUCCAUGUCUUUUGGAGAGUGUGGCUCAUUCUUUUGAAAACGAAUUAUUAUACGUCGUCAGAUUGCUAGCGAUAAAACUACAAAUAUAACUGGUUGUGCCAAUGUUGCCGACUGUACUUAAACUGAGUUUUUUUUUGGGGGGGGGGGGGGGGGGGGGGCAUGGUUAGCACUUUUGGGGCUGCCAAGUGACAGCAGCAGUAACCGUGAACCUGUGCAGGAGCCACAGCCAACCACAUCUGAAGUGCGAACAGCACUACUCCACGUAGAAUGGUCUUUUGCACACGCAGCAAGUGCCGACCAAGCCUUGCAGUACAGUGACCUGUGCUUCUGCCCUGACAACAUUAAAAGAUCUUGUGCUAA